GCACACCACUCAUCAUUGCAUAGGAACAUUCAUAACAGGUGUAUACAACUAAUUUACAUCAUGAUGGUCAAAAUAAAAUAAAAAUGUAUACACCUUACCUAUUGUAAAUUGACAAAAGCUUCAGGAAAUCCGUUCAAAAUACAUCAAUGAUCAUCAAGUAAUACUAAAAACCUACAUUUUAUGGUACAAUUAUCAGAAAAUCCAAAUUAACUCGCCACUUUAAAGAGCUCUUCAGAUUCACGUAUCCCUAGAAACACCAAGCUUCGCCAUGUGAAUGACGUCAAAUUGGCCGAUGAUGAUUGGUCAAUGAGCCCUAGUUUCGUGACGCGACGGGCAGAAUUUUUCUGCGACAGGUGCCUGAAUGAAGAUGUUUUGAUAGUAAAUUUCCCACGAAAAAGGAACGAAAGAAGAAGAAAAGUCAUAAUACACAAAACUUGAGGUAUUCCAUUUCUUCAGAAUGUCUUGUGUGGAGAUUGCUACCAUCAUUCCUACCUCCACAUGGAGGUUGGAUGCUCUAGAGGUCAGUCUAGCCGUCAUCUUUGGGGUCAUCAUCGGGGUGAUUUUAGCAAUCAUCAUCUCAAGAUGCUUUGUCAAAGAACUUGCCAAAGACAGGAUUCACAAACACCAAGAUGAUUCUGUUGUAAAGAAUGCAGCUUAUGAAGUUGAAGUUGCAGGUUAUGCUGAUAUGACAUAUAGGAAAACUAAGUCAUCAACAGUCAAUGAGAAGUCAUCACGCCAAAUGCUGAUCCAAGAGGAUGAUGGAAAUGAAAAGUAUGAGGAAAAGAAUAGGGAAGAUGAAUCAGAUGAUGAGGAUGAGGAUGAUGAUGAAGGGGAGAUGAAGGAGAUAUUAGCAUCAGGCAUUAUUAUUGCUCUAACAAUGCCAUCAAGUGAGAGGACUCUAGUUGAGCUUAGUCUUCAAGACUUCAAAGCAACCAAGUCCAUGGAGAAGGAACUGCUUGAAGAGAGAGAAUCGGUGUUUGUCCAUAUUCUUGAAAUCCUGCUUGGGAGGUUUGUGGCAGCGGAGAAGAUGGAUGAGAAGUUUGCCUCAGACUUCAUUGAUAGGACCUCACAGGAACUUCUUGAGGCCAAAGACUCUCUUGAAGCAACUCAAUUGAUGGUAGAACAAGAUUUGAAGAAUAGGUCCAAUCUGAUCAAGGAUCCUUUAGCCCUGGAAGAAGCACUGGAGAAUUCAAGAUUGGAUUAUAUCAGGAAGAAUGAUGGCUUAGUUCAAGAUGCUCAGAUCAGAGUAAAAGAUAAGCUAAGCAGAGAGGCAGGACUUUCAUCUGAUGAGGUUGAGGCUAUCAUGAAGAAACUGUUAGAAAACAUGGCUGCCGCUGAGAGAAUGAUCGGUCAGGAACAAAAUAGACAAGCUACGAUACUGAAUGAGAGACUGUCUAAACGCCAAGCACUGUCUGAACAGUAUUCACAUGUUACUACCAGAGAGAACAAGGCCAACCAAGCAAGGGUUAGGAGCGUGAAUGAAGUCGCCAACUAUCUGGCCCAAGAAAGAGAACUCAACCAAUCACAAGCCAAAAGCCUGAUGAAACAAUAUCAAGCCGAUUUAGAACAGAUACAGGAAAAUCACAAAGCUGCUGUAUUGAAGCAGAGUCAAGAGCUUGCUGAUAAGCUACAGCAGCACAGAGAGAGGAAGCUAAGAGGUCUAGAGAAGAAACAAGAAGAGAAGAGAGAGAAACUAGCAGCCAAGGCUCCACAAGUUGUUAAUCCUACAGACUUUGUUGAGGCUCAUCAUGAUCUACUUGAGCAGCAGCGUAAUGAGAAGAAUGAUUUGAUUGAUGAACUUGACUACCAUGAAGCAGAAGAACUUAGUCUACUCAGGAAGACUUUAGAGGAGGAGAGAGGAAAGGAGUUAGCAGAGAAAGAUAAAUCAUUGUUUGAAGAGUUGGUUGAAAGGGCACAACUGAAUGAAAAGGAAGCAAAUCGUAUAGUCAAGAAACAUCAAGCUAACGUGACUGCUUAUGAAGAGCAACUUGAUCAAGAAAAGAAACGUCAGAACAUGCUGCUGCAGGAGAAGAUUGAAUUACGCAAAGCAUCGUGGGAAGAGGAGCAGAAACGAGCCGCAGCUGAGCAGCAGCAGCUAGCUGAACAGCAGGAAAGGACCAUCUCAAAGCUGAUUGAUACACAGUCAGCCCUUGAUGAGGAGUCAAAGAGACAGAUCAUGCUUCAGCAUGAGCAGAAUGUUUCAGCUCUUAAUAAUCAUCUGCAGAUGACUAAACUGAAACAACAGAAGCUACUUGAAGCAAAACUAGCCAAGAGAAGAGCCCACUAUGAAGCUCUGAAGGAAGAACAUUCAAGAGAUAGAUUAGCAAGAGGAGAAGAUGAUGAAGAAGAGAGUCAACUCACAACAAAACAGGCUGAGGAGCUAGCAGCUGAGGAGGAAGCCAUGAAAGAGGAGCAGCAGGCGGCCAUCUUGGCUUUGCGGAAACAGCUUGCCAAGGAGACAGAGGAGGUAUUGAAGGAUCAAGAUGCUAAGAUGGGGAUCCUGAUUGGUAAGCUUCAGGUGGGCCAAGCAAGGAGACAAGGAGUCAUCAAGAAGUUAGAUAAAGCUGUCAAAGAUCUCCAGGAUCAACUUGUAGAUUCCAUUGCUGAUAGUAACGUGAUAUCAGAACGAAAGACAGAACGUAUCAUGGCAGCUCAUAUGCAGGAGAUUGAAGAGAUCGAAGAGAAGCUUCGCCAAGCGAGGGCGCAUCAGGAAGACCAGCUUCAACAAAAGAUGGAGACAAUCAAACUUAUGAGAGAAAAGACUUUAGCCGAGGAACUGAAGAAAGAAGCGAAGCCUUCAAAUGACAGUCGCAGGGACUCCUCUGCUGGAGCCCUUCAGAUGAUGACUAAGAUCUUAGAGAGCAAUCGUCAGAAGCAAGCUUUGAGACAGCUGGAGCAGGAGAUGAAGGUUGAGACCCUGAAACAGAAAGAAGAACUCAAUGAACAGCUUGAGGAUGCACUAGAACAAGAACUACAGGAGCGUGAGAGAGAUUUCUUAGGACAGCUAGCAGCUCUUAGUCAACUCAGCAAAGAUGAGCUUAAUAAUAUGGUUCAAACAGCUAUAGCAGAGGAUGGUGGCAAUGAGAACGAUGCUAAGAAGCUGAGCAAGGAUCUCAACAAACGAAUCAAGACGGCAAUGGCUCGACCAGACAUGGACCCAGAGGCAGAGAAUGAUGCAGCAGUAGAAGAGAAACCAAAGAAGAAAAAGAAGAAGAAAGGAAAGAAGGCACCUCCAUCGGAUGAAUGAUAGAAAGACACGAUUCUUCAUAAAAAGGAGACAGUUGCUAGUGCUACAGUUACACCAACGAAACCGAUCACAGCUAUUAUGUAAUAACCAAUGACAUACCUUCAGUUAGUUUGGAGUCCAUAUCAUUGGUGUGGCUGUAGCAUUUGAGAGUACUGUGAUAGUACAAGAACCUAUUGCAAUUGCUUGCAAUUUUCUAUUGAAAUUGAUAGAUUAAAUGAAAUAAAUAAAUAAGGAAUCAUUAUUAUUUUCUUUUGUAACAAGAAUAUCUGCAAUUAACCACUGCUUCGUAAUUGAUUUUAGGAAUUGCAGAAUAGUGCUUUUAAUAUUUAAAGCUUGUUAUAAUGAUGAAUCGUUAGAGAAGUAAAGGGAGAAAAAGCAUUCUCAAAAACAAAAAAAAUUGGGGGGGGGGGGUGCCCCUGUAAUUCUUCAUUAAUUUCUACUGUAUAUGCUGCAUAUUUUGCAGUAGUGUUGUUUUCAAACUAAAGAGUAAUGGGAAUUUCAUAUUCUGGUGGGCCUACAGUGUGUACACAUUGAAUAAAACAAUAACUAUUUUGAAAAAGACACUAAAAUGUUUGCAAAAAUUUGAUGCACAAUUUUUCUUACUGGGCAAAUUUUAUGAAUAUGCAGGAUCCUCUGUCCUCUCUCGCUAAUAGAUUCUAUCAUUCUACAGAUUGGCCAUUUUUAGGCAUAUUAACAUUCAAAUAGUUGUGAUCAAUUUUCUGUAUCCCCUUGUUGGAUGCCCAUGUAAGUUGAAUAUAUAUAUUUUUAAAGUUUAUCCAAAGGAAAAUAUUCUAUCCAAACCAAAGUUUGAUAUUCACCUUGAAAAUGUCAUUGAAAAUAUUCUCAUGCACCUUGAAGUUUGUAAGUAUCAAGAUUAGUUUACCUAUGUAUGUUUAUGAACUGUGUAUAUAAUGUGAAGUCCUUAUAGUAGUUCUGAAAUAUCUAUUCUUUGUGAAACUUGUAAAGAAAAUUUAUGAAUUAUUUUCAGUGUGUGUGCCUUUCGUCUUUCAAAUGCAAUUGUGAUGAGUAUUUCAUAUUCAUAUUUGUCCACAUCGUAAUAUUGAUUUUUUUAUCAAUAUAGUGUACAAAUUUUUACAUUAGCAAAGAUCUUACAUGUAAAUCAUGAAAUAGUGAUUUUAAUAUGUAGUGUCAUAAAUCUGCUCUUUAAUAUUCUCAGGAUAUAUUAUUUGAGAUAAAGAAUAAUGUUAAACCCUAUAUUAGUUUUGGUUAAGUAUCUGAAUCUUUUUAUUGAGAUAAAAUGAGAAUAUCUUGUGUAAAAAAUGUGAUUUAUUUAUAUAUUAAUAGGCCUAUAUGAUGUAUAAUGGUCAAAAUUGAGAUGAAAAUUUCAAAAGUGAAAUUGUGUCACAGGUAAUUUCCUUCUUUAUUUCAUUUCAUAUAAAAGUACCUUAAAAGUUUUGAAUAGAGCCAAAGUUUUGAUGAUAAAAUCUUGUGUAUUGUCAUUCUAGAAACAAAAUGUUACCAACCAAUGUUCCAACCAUCUUCGAACCUAUAGCCUCAUACCAUUCACAAUAUCUAUGACAUUUUAUCAAGACGAUGAUAACAAGGUUAGCUGCACACUGCAUCUAUUCUCAGUGUCUAGUGAUGUUUGACUUGAGUACAAAACUGGAUGCAAAGAAAACAUGUAUUGGAUGUUGAAUCAAAACAUCCAUUAACAAUGAGCAAACAUGCAGUGUGCAGCUAAUGUACAGUACAGACACAGUACAAUUUACAUCUUCUAACUUCUUUAUAAACUGAACAGAUUUCUAUGGUUCCAAAAGAUUUUUUACUGAGGCAGAAUCGCCUGUAGCUAUUUUGUUGUCCUGAUAAAAUGUCAUAGAAGUAAUUAGCAAAGAUAUGGUUUCGAAAUAUAUUUUCUGAAAUGUGACUUGUAAUCAUUUUUACUCAAAAUAUUGGAGACUUUUAUUUUAUCGUGAAAUCAUGUUUCAUCCUAUCUGAGAAAAAUUUCUGAACACCUGCUCAAAUUUAUGUAGUGGGGUAUCAAGAUAAUAUAGAUUAAAUUGACCAUUACAAUUUUUCAA